CGGGAAUCUGGUGUAUAGGUAUUUCAAGCCGUUCCAUGGACCAAGUAAACUCCGCCGUCUCGCUUCUGGACUUCGCGCGUUGCGUCCGAUAACAUUAACUGGCUUCGGGGUGUGUGCUCUUUCGCUCGUGCACAACAUAACGUUGGGUACCCGUGCUUGGGUGACCUCAAGGCGAGGCCUCGUAUUCUGAAGGCGUCCUCCGGCCCAGGAUUGGAUUUGUUGCUUUGUAGCUGAAAUAAAGGACCAUGUCUGAACCUUCUUCGCAGUCACCGCGGGUGGAGCCCGUGGCUUCUAAUCAACUUGUCGAUGAGAAUAAACUUCCUAGCGGACAGUGCCGGUACAUUCUGCUGAACCCGGAGAUCAAGGGGCAGCGUUGUGCCUGUGUCGGCUUCACCAUCAACCGGACUCUCCCAGGCGUCACCUGCGACUGUGGUCACCUCUCGUGUUACCACAUCCAGUCUGCCGAACCACCCCCAAAUAAAAAUGAAGUUGACAUACUUCGCCGGCGUAUCAAAUUACUCGAGGACCAGCUUGACCGAGAAAACGACGGAGGACUGGGCGGUGCGUUGGGUAGUGUGGUUCGGCGCCUGGGAGACUUGGAGGAACAGGUCGAGAAGAAUAGAGACGAGACCAAUCAAGAGAUGAAAGGUUGCUAUAAAAAUGUUGACCGUAUGUGGCAGUCAGUCACCCAGCUUGAAAAGCGGCAAACAGUAUACGAAGACCGCCUCCUUAUGUUUGAUGAACGGUUGGAUGGCCAUGAUGACACCCUACAGGGCUUAGGCGACAGGCUGAUGGAGUUUGAUGAAGCAUCCAUGGUUCUUGAAGACCGCGUAGAUGCAUUAGAGGAAGAGGACUGCCAACGAAUCCCAUUCCGUAGGCGUCGACGAAGAUCUACAUCAGGCUCAGAAGACUCGGUGAACUUCAACGUAGCACGCCGGUCCCGCCCAUUAAAUAAUCAUGAUACAGCGCGAUCCACCUCAACUUCAGUCUCGGGCUCUCGCCGCGGGUCUGCCGAUAGCCCAGUAGAGGUGACGGGGUCCUGGACCGUGCACAUAUCGCUUCUCCCAACAGCCUCACAGCCGUUCCCUUUCGAGAAGGACACAAAUGCGUAUAAGCGAUGUCUAUCUCGUGGGCUUCACCAAAUGAUCGCAGUCGGAGGAACAGAUGGCGAGUCCUUCGCUAAAGCCGUGUCCAAGGCAUUUGGAAGACUCCUCCGAGGUAGAGAGUGGGUUCCGCUACAAGCCCGGCUCUGUGACGCCGCAACAUUGCAGGGACUUCCGAUGCUCAAGCCCCUAGACCCAGAUUUAGUCGGCGGGAGCUAUGACCUCGAUUUUCUACGCAAGUAUUGCGCCGUUUGCUUGCCAAAUGGUAAGGUAGAGUCCAUGUACAUUGCAAUGCAGUCGGAUACCUUCUCGUGGCAUUUCCUAAGGCGAUCGCCGUGCUAUCUAGAUGGUCUUGAGGAAUGCUGGGCCUACGAUCCGCUACUUGACCCGAACGACAACUUCGAGGAUUUCAACGGCGAGGUAGAAGAUGGGAGGUCGGCAGGGGAGAUUGUACCACCUCUACCCUCUUUAAAAAGGACAGCAUCAGAGAUGUCUCGGACACCGAGUAUGGGUUCAAUGUCGGCAAACGAAGUAAACGACAGUUCGCGGCAAAAAUUACCACGAACAUGUAUGCGAACACCUAUGGAAGUUCGUAGACAGGGUGUGGAGACGGUUUAGAUUUGGGGGUUGGAUAUACCAUAUAGAAGCACGACGAAGUGCAUAUAGACAUGGGAGGGCGUUUUCUUUUUCCCUUUUCCCUAGGAGACGGGCCGCAGACAGACGACAGGGAAGGAAUACUAAUGGAUUCCUACAAGUUUAAUUAUUCUCACUCCUUUCGCCCCUAUUCACCUAUUCGCCUACAAACAACUG